GUCGAGCGCGCGCUGGAUGUUACCGGUGCCGUUACCGGAGCGGCAGGUUGUUCAGCUGUCUGUCCCGCGGGAGAAGCGGAGCCAUUACUGUGGCGGUGUGUGCGGGAAAAGUUUGUCUGCUCAGCGGCGUCCAUGAGCGGUGAAUGGAGGAGACCCGGAGCCCGGAGGACUGAACAUGGAGGAGCGCGACCGCACCGGGAGAACCGGCCAGCCGCAACACCGCAUCAACCAGCCGAGCACUGCCAGAGAGAGAGCAAACAGUGUGGACGCGUACGGCUUCCAGCGCUCCGAUGAUUUCGACUACGAGACUCAUGAGCAGCUGAUGUCGGAGUAUCUGGCGGUCCUGACCCGCCGCUCCAUCAGAUGGGCCAAACUGCUGCAGGGGCGGCGCCGUGUUGACCGUAACCUGAAGGUGAAGCGGUACGUGAGGAAGGGUGUCCUGAAUGAGCACCGGCCGCUGGUGUGGAUGGUGUGCAGUGGAGCGCAGGAGCAGAUGGACAGAAACCCGGGAUACUACCAGUCCCUGCUGGACACACACCACGAGCCCAAACUGGAGGAGAGCAUCCGCACCGAUCUGCACAGAACCUUCCCAGACAACAUCUACUUCAGGAAGUCAGCGGAGCCGUGUCUGCAGAAGGCGCUGUAUAACGUGCUGGUGGCGUACGGACAUCAUAAUAAAGCAGUGGGGUACUGUCAGGGAAUGAACUUCAUCGCAGGUUACCUGAUCCUGGUCAGUAAAGAUGAGGAGACGUCCUUCUGGCUGAUGGAGGCGCUGCUGAGCCGGAUACUGCCAGAUUACUACACCCCGGCGAUGCUGGGCCUGAAGACGGAUCAGGAGGUGCUGGGGGAGCUGGUGCGGCUGAAGGCUCCUGCGGUCUGGAAGCUCAUGCAGGAUCAGGGUGUGAUGUGGACUCUGGUGGUCUCGCGCUGGUUCAUCUGCCUGUUCAUCGACGUGCUGCCCGUGGAGACGGUGCUGCGCAUCUGGGACUGCCUGUUCUACGAGGGCUCCAAGAUCCUGUUCCGCGUGGCUCUGACUCUGAUCCGACACCACCAGCAGGAGAUCGCUGAGGCGCAGAACCUGCCGGACGUCUGUGAACGCUUCAAACGCAUCACCAGAGGAGCCUUCGUGGAGGACUGCCACACUUUCAUGCAGAAAAUCUUCCAGGAGCCCGGCAGUCUCUCUAUGGCCACUGUGUCGAAGCUGCGGGAAAGCUGCCGCGCUCGGAUCAUCGCUGACGAAUCCUGAAACAUUCCCUCUGAUAGUCUGCACUAAAGAGUCUGUUUUAAAGACCUGUAUUUUCUUACAUUUAUAGAAAGUGUGUGUGUGUGUAGAUGUAGCAUAAAUCCUAGAUGCUGGACUCUCUUUAAGCUCGAAUGUCUCUAAGUUUCAGACCAAUAAUACUGUGAAUUAAACCAACGGCUCGUGAUGAGAUCUAGACUGAUGUUCUUCACACUACAGCUGUCGGGAGGUAGCCGCAGUAAGAGCACUAAUGUCUUCAAGACUGUUUAUUUUUAAUACAGGUCAGAUUCUGCUGGAGAAACACUCGUGGAUCAUGAUGCUCCUUUAAACUCAUUUCCAUUACAGCCACUUUAUAAAUCCUGCAUAAGCACAACUGAUAUUUGUCUACAGAACUCAUUUAAUAAAGAUAAAGAUCUUGGCUAAC